UUGCGACAUUCAGACCUUCGAUGCGCAGCGCAGCAACUUAGCACAAGCCGCUCGUUUCCCUCCUUCUUUCUUCGACCAUCUCGUCGGGAACUUCUCCUUGUAUUCCCUUGAGUUUCUCUCCUGCUGGAUCGAUCAACGUUCAUGUCGGAGGUUCUGGAAAUAGGCCAUGGCUUGCCCAUUGGUAAUGCUGAACCUACUCCUGAAGAGGAACGCCUUAAAGUUCUGCACAUGUUAAAUAUCAAAGACUUCCCCUUGGACCCCGAGUGUGACAGAAUCACUGAACUCGUGAGCUGGAUGUUCCACAAGCCCGUUGCAUUCAUUAGUUUCGUGGAUAGCGAUGAAGUUUGGAUCAAGUCUGCUGUAGGGCUCAAUGGGGCGGUACGUAUGCCAAGGUCGCAAGCCCUGUGUAGCUUGACCAUCACCAGCGACCAACCUCUCAUCGUUGAGGACAUAGCACUCGAUCAUCGGUUUGGAGGCAACAUCAUCAGAAUGGAUGGGACCGUCAUGCGAUUCUACUGCGGAUUUCCUAUAGAUGUUGAAUUUUCAGGGCAGCGAUUCAGAGUUGGAAGUUUGACAACCAUGGACGAUAAGCCCUACUCGUUGCAAGCGCACGAAGUCCAUAUGUUGGAGGGACUCGCUUCUCGCAUUUCCAAAAUGUUACAGACCCGAAUUUCUGCCUUCCAGCUUCAAUCAGCACAGACAACUGUAUCUGAUGGGAGUGGAAUGGAAAGCCUGGAGUCUGAAGUCGGUUCUUACAUACAACUUGAUGUCAAUCAUGGGCACUGGACAAAUGCGUCCCUUCCAACAUCCUGGGACAAGUGUAAUAAGUUUGAAGAUAUUUGGCAAAACCAGGGAUUUCAGGUUGCGAUGCUCAAAUUUCAUCAAAGCUCAACU